AUGAGCGAUGGGGGGAACGAGGCGGGCAGGCGCGCCCUCCUCCUGGGGGAUUCCCGCGGUUCCCCGGGGCGAACCCCGGACAAGGAGGCCCGCGCCGCGCUGGAGAGCGCACAGUCGCGCGGAGGGGCUGCCGGAGACGGCGACGGCGGCAUCGAGGACCUGACGGCAGGGACGUCGGCUUCCAGCCCCGGGUCCUCCAAGGAGUGCGUCCUGGAGACAGACAGACACCCCUCGGCGGGCGAGGCGGACUACUGCCGCCGGAUCCUGGUGCGAGAUGCCAAAGGAACCAUCCGGGAGAUUGUCCUUCCCAAAGGUUUGGACCUGGACCGUCCCAAGAGGACCCGGACCUCUUUCACCGCUGAGCAGCUCUACCGGUUAGAGCUGGAGUUUCAACGCUGCCAGUAUGUCGUGGGCAGGGAAAGGACAGAGCUAGCCAGGCAACUCAACCUCUCUGAGACACAGGUCAAGGUCUGGUUCCAGAAUCGCCGCACCAAGCAGAAGAAGGACCAGAGCAGGGACUCUGAGAAACACUCCGCCUCCACCUCCGAGUCUUUUGCCACAUGCAACAUCCUGAGGCUCUUGGAACAAGGGCGGCUUUUGUCCGUCCCGGCCCCUCCAACACUGCUCUCCCCGGGCUCCAACCCCAUCGGCUCCUCUUCUGGAAAUGGGUCCUCCUCCAUGGGCACGUCGGGGAACACCUCGACAGGCCUCAGCGGCAGGGGCAGCCCUCCCGGGACAGGGCCUUUCAGUUUGCAAGCCCCCUGUUUGGCCUCCUCGGCUUCCCCACGGCUCCCCACGGCCCCCCUCUGCUUCAGCGGUCCGCUGCUGGGGAGCCUGCAUGAAUUGCCGGGCGGUUAUGGACUGGGCACCUCAGCCUUUGAGCCUUACACGCGGCUGGACAGGAAAGACAAUGUGCUACCCAGCGGGAAGCCGAGCCCUUAA